CUGAGAUCUCCAGAGCACCUUCUUAAUGAAACUUCCGCUUGGUGGCUCUUCACAAAAGGCCAAGUCCAGAAUCGUCGAUGAACUGCAGAGGUGCCGAUCGAGUAUGUGUCGGACGAGGAGGACCUUUUGUUGGGGCAGAUCAUGCAGUGAUCGCUAAUCAGGUUCGGACGGUAAGGUCGAGCGGAAUCUAUCACUCCGGCUCGGACGACAUAGAUCGAACGGCGACAUUGUCUGCCUGCUGGAAUUUGGACGGAUGUGAGACCGGCGACUAUACGAAGCGAGCGGGCCGAUGUGCAGGGAGGUUAGAUGAUCUGUGGUCGGACCUUUUGUAUUCCCCACAAACACGUCAUACUGGAUUUCCGUAACAGGAGGAUACCGGACGGUGGAGCAUGGAACGGUUGAUACCGAUCGGGAUCAGACUGGAUGGAAAAACCCGGACGGCGGAUCCUCAGCACAACCCGGACGGCGGAUCCUCAGCACAACCCGGACGGCGGAUCCUCAGCUCCUCUUCUUUCACUUUUGCGGCCUACUGGGCUCAUGAUUGAGUCAUGGAAAUCACGGCAAGAAGCAAUCCGGCCAAAAUCUGGUCCCUCGGUGGCCGGUCGUUAAUACUGGGUCACUGAGGCCAUUACAAUGUCCUGGGCGGGCUAUCUUUCUGUUUUGAGGCAGCUUCCCUUACGAGGCUACUCUAUCGCGAACGGAAGUAGGGGCUUUUACCAUCCCUUCUCGUUGGCAUUUUCACUUCUCUGUCAAUAACAAACCCAGAGGCAGCCACCGGUCACGAACGAAACUCUCGUUCGGGUUCGGAAGCCUUUGGUCAAGGGUCAAAAUGGGUUUCUACAUGGCUUUCAAGUAGUCAACAUGGGUUGAACGGGUUUCAAGUCUGAGCGCCGGGCUGCAAUGAUACCAAUGUCGUCCGGGCCGUUCGGGCAAGGGAUGUGGCUGUCAACACUCAACACCGUUCUUUCAUGAUGUUAAUUCACGGUUCCGGCCGGAAAGGUAAUUCCACCGUUCUGAACUAUUUGGUCUGCCAUCUCCGGGAUAUGACCAGACCUCUCUGUAGGUCCCGUCGCUGAUUCCGAUUAUACCUGGAUACAGAGCAUGCUUCGGCAGUAACAACAAACUCCCGCUCGGGCACCUGCUAUGUUAAGUCUGUUACUCUUUUCUAUUUGUUUGAUGUGCAUCAGUGUGUGGCCUUUUCUGCAGGUCUUCUAAAAUGGUCGGGCAUUUUAGAAACUUCCCAGAAUCCUCCAAAUGAUGGUGAACUGGUGGGCUCCCGGGACUCCCUGCGGAUGCCAUCGUUCGGGGAACUUCCAUUCGGGAGGCGGCGCUGGCUUCUCUGGAUAAGAAUUAUCUGUCAAAUCACCAAUUAUGUAGUCAGGUAGUCCACGUGAGAGAAAGAAACUCUUCCUCCUUAAGUUAAGCUAGUGGGGCCCACUUCCUAUCUUCUUGCUUCUCCAGUAGAUUUAUGUCCACCAUUCUUGGCCUUCUACUUCGACCUCAUCCAUUGCUCCGUAUUAUUUUUUUUGUUGGAUGUGGCAGCAGCAAUUUGAACAAUGACCAAGCUUCUAAUUUGGAUCUGGAAUUCCUUCUCCUUAGAAUUGUUUCUUCUCCAUUCCUUAUUUUCUUGUUGAAAUCAGUAGCUUUUGGCAUCAAAAAAUUUGUAGAAUCAAGAACACAUGUAGCUUUUUGAAUUUUUCUCACAGACGGCGCCAAUGUUGGAGUUUAGUCCCGUAGAUCCGAAAGCCCAACAUAACUUCGGAUAUUAAGGAGCAUAAAUUCCGUAUAAAAGUGAAUAAGAAAUAUAAAAGUGUAUAAACUAGCUAUUUUUACGUGGAAAUCCGGAAAGGGACAAAACCACGGGACUUUUUAGGCUAACGUCCAAGCCCGCUCUCUUUCAUUAAUAUACUCUCCUCACCAAUUUACAUAAUACAUAUUGUUGGAAACAUCCAUUAAUGGAGCUUAUGAGCUCAAUCUAAUCUAAGGAAUAGUAGCAGGGAGGAGAGCAGCCUAACUUCCAGGAGGGAAGGGCCAAAAGUCCCCUUUACAUGGAAGCAAUGCUUCCUAUUUAUAGAAGGGGGUGGGGUUUUACUCUUAUGGGCCAGCGGGCCGGUUGGGCCUUAAUGGGCCCAAUUCCUAUCCUAGCGGGCCGGUUAGGCCGAAAACGGGCCGGGUAGGCCUAAAUGGGCCUUGCUGACCGGGCUUCAUACCGGGUGAUGACUUGGGCCUCUGAACAGUAGUAGGCCGGGAUAAUAUUCCCCAACAAAUAGUACUAAACUACUAAACUAAAAUCAUGAACAAAAAUAUUACUCAAUACUAAAUUUUUUUAACAUGACUAAUUAGCCAUUCAUUGCGCUACUUCAUGUCAUUGUUAUUUGUCGACCCGGUCCCGGACCCGGGACCUAUUUAUUUAACCGGUUUCAAGCUUACAAAAAAAAAUUGGCCGGUCUAGGACUGGACCGGGAUCAGAAUCGCUAGGUUCAGUCCCAAAUAUUAGAACCCGGGACCAGGUCCGUCAUUUACCCAGUCGGGUACCUAGUCUUGAACAAAUCACGGAUCCCGGUACGGUCCCACACAGUUUCGGACUCGAUUCGGCUGGACCAUCGGACUGCCGGACCAGGACCACCCCUAUUUCCAAGAGUUGUUGCAAUUUUAUUAAGACCAGUUCUUAUGAUUUUUUUUUAUACAUCGAAAAGGAAGACCAACUCUUAUAAUAGUAAGCAAAGAUAACAAAGUAGUAAAUGUAAUUUGAAAAUUUGUUCUAAAAUUUACCUAAAUAUUUAAAAAUCAUAUUAGUUAAAUCAUAAAUGCAUACGACCUCCAUAUAUUCAUAUCAUUUGGUCUAAAAAAGUGGAAUCUCCCACCCCAGGAGGCCCCAUACCCCGACCCGACAGGAUUUUGGGAGGUUGUUAAUCACGGUGACUCAGUCGGCCCAAUGAUGGUAGGUCUUAUACCCGUGCGCACCAGAGGUCCAGCCCAACACGCAGGAGCUGUAACCUCCACACAGCCGCUGUGGGUUUCGAACCUUGGUCACUUGGUCCAAAUUUCCCACCAUCGGACCAAUUGAGCUACCCGUGCAGAUGGAUCGUCCUAGAUAUUCGGUUGAUAUGGGUAACCUCGAGCGCAACCGAACGAAAGAGCUUGCGAGGAAGAGAUCCCGCAAAGGUAAAUCACAUAUCGGCUCUUCAUCUCAAAGUCGAGAUGAUUUUGAUACGGGUUACGUAAGGAGGGAUGGGGAUGCGAUGACCGACGAACAACUAGAACAAGAAUUGCACCGACAUAAUUCCCGCUUUUUUCAAGACCAACCGUGGACCAUUGACGAAGAAGAGCUCGAGGACGAGGACGACGAUGUGGAGGAAGCAGUUCCGGAGAGCCACGACGACGAGGAGGAGGAGGGUGGCGGCAGCCAUGACGCCGACCAAGCAGCCUCAUCCCAAACAAUAUGAUAACUAUAUUAUAAACUCGGCUGAGAUCGACACCUGUGAAAAAAUUUGUAAUGCUUUGAUAUAUUUUAAUAAUGCAACUGAAACUUUUAGUCAUGUUUAUAAACCUACCUCAAACCAAUUUAUUCGUGAAGCUGUUAAUCU